AUGGUGGAUCAGUUGAAAUUUGUGGAAUCUCACAAUAUCGCAGGAUAUCUCUUGGAUCUACCUGCCGCACACAAGGAAUUCAAAUCCAUGAUCGCGAGUUUGAACAAUUGCAGUAUUUCCCACACUUUGCGCUCUAAUCCAGUCAUCUACAAGGGCAUAAUUACUAAGUUUUGGAAAAAUUCUUCAAUCAGCAAGCAGGGAGCAGAUGGAGCUGGUGCUGUUGAAUCACUGGUGAAGGGAACUCCGGUAAUUAUUUCCGAGCAAGUUAUCCAAGAAGUGCUUGAGUUUGGUGAUGCUCCUAUAUUUCCAGUUGAGUACUCUGCCGAUCAAGUGAAGGGAUUCCUUGAGAAGAUGUGUUAUGAAGGAACCUAUCCUCCUACUUUCAAGAAGUUGUUGUCACCUUUCUGGAGGCUUCUGGCACACUACUUUGUAAUUUGUAUUUCUGGAAGGAAGGGAGGAUCCGAUGAAAUUAGUCAGACUGCGACCUCGGCCAUUGUCACUCUAGCAACGGACUGGGAUUACAACUUUUCAAGGGUUGUCUUUAAAGAAAUAAAAAAAAAACCUUCAAGGGAAGAAGAAGGACCUGUUUUUGAUGUAUCCCAGGAUGAUGAUGAUGAUGAUGACAAUGAUGUUAAUGAUGAUGAUGAUGAUGAUGAUGAUUAUGUGAAUUUUUGUUUGUUUGUAACAUCUAAGGAUCCAGUCAAUGAAACUCUGAUCACUCCAGCUGAGACAUAG